AUGGGCGGAGGCGCGGCCCGGCCGUGUCAGUCCAUGCCCCGGUGCAGCUUCAAGUGCCGGGAGAGGUUGCUGAGCGUGAUGAAGCCCUUGCCGCAGAUGUGGCAGGGGAAGGGCCGCUCGGUGCCGUGCAGCAGCCGGUGGCGCUUGAGGUCGCGCGGCGAGCGGAACAGCUUCUCGCACUCGGAGCAGCCGAAGAUCUUCUUGCCCCGGCCCGAGCCGGACGCGGCCUCCCCGGGCGCGGGCUCCCCCUCCGGGGAGAGGGCUGAUGAGGAGCUGACUGCUUUACCUGCCCUCCAUGUCUCCCCCUGCUCCAGAGAGAGCCUCCACUCGACACUGCCCUCGCACCACGCCACCAUGGAUGAUGCCCCGCUGCCAGUGCCCCCGGUCCCCGCCCCGGCCCCGGCCCCCGCACCCCCCGCUGCUGCUCCCCGGGUCCCAUUUCACUGCAGUGAGUGUGGCAAGAGCUUCCGCUACCGCUCGGACCUUCGGCGCCACUUCGCCCGGCACACUGCACUCAAGCCCCACGCGUGUCCGCGCUGCGGCAAGGGCUUCAAACACAGCUUCAACCUGGCCAACCACCUGCGUUCGCACACCGGCGAGCGGCCCUACCGCUGCUCUGCCUGCCCUAAAGGGUUCCGAGACUCCACCGGCCUGCUGCACCACCAGGUCGUCCACACUGGCGAGAAGCCCUACUGCUGCCUGGUCUGCGAGCUGCGCUUCUCCUCACGCUCCAGCUUGGGCCGCCACCUCAAGCGCCAGCACCGCGGGGUGCUCCCGUCGCCGCUGCAACCCGGCCCGGGCCUGCCCAGCCUGAGCGCGCCCUGCUCCGUCUGCUGCAACGUGGGGCCCUGCUCAGUGUGCGGGGGUGCGGGGGCUGCAGGCGGAGAGGCUGCAAAAUGA